AUGGCCUGGAGUCGAUUAAUCAGAUUCCUUGAUGAGAAGAAUGAAGUUCAUCUUGGAGAUGCGGUAUCUGAAUCUGCUCAAGACUUGAAGAAUCUCUUAGAAGCCGGGAACCUCACCGCCAAUGAACUAGUUGGCACCGAUAUAUUUGACGCAAAACCUACGGGCAAUGUCAUCCAGGUCAAGAAGCUCUUAGGACCCUUGACUCCCCAGGAUGUCCCGAUAAUUCGCUGCGUCGGCUUGAACUACGCAAAACAUAUCAAGGAAACGGGAAGGACUCCGCCACCACACCCCUCAAUCUUUAUAAAGCCAUCUCGCUCAAUCACUGGCUGGAGCAACGACAUCCCUAUUCCCAAGAUUGCACAAAAGGAUCAGCUUGAUUAUGAGGGAGAACUAGCUAUUGUUAUUGGCAAAGAAGGAAAGGAUAUCUCAGCCGAAGAUGCAUUGAGCUAUGUAGCUGGUUAUACCGUUGCCAAUGAUGUCUCGGCACGCACAUGGCAGAGAGAUCCCAAGUUCGCAGGAGAGGUACCGCAGUGGUGUUUUUCUAAAGGAUUCGACUCCUUUGCACCACUUGGCCCAGUGAUUGUAUCUCCAACUGUCCUCGGAGCAGCAGACGAACUCACCCUCCAGACCAAGGUGAAUGGAGAGAUUCGUCAAGAAGCGAGCACUAAUGAUCUGGUGUUUGGAGUUAAGAGGAUCAUUGAGUUUGUCAGUCAGGGGACUACGCUUGAAAAGGGCUCGAUCAUUUUGACUGGCACGCCAGGUGGCGUGGCUUUGGGGAUGAAACCACCCCAGUGGCUGAAGGAUGGUGAUGUUGUAGAAGUCUCUAUUAGUGGUCUUGGCACUAUACGCAACAAGAUGGUUUUUCAGUGA